AUGAAUUUACGCGAAAUUAAAUUACCAACCACCUUGAAAUCGAUAGAAUAUCGCGGUUUCUUUCGUUCAGGAUUGCCAUCAAUAGUGAUACCAAAUACAGUUACAUUAAUUGGAAGUGAAGCUUUUAAGGAUUGCUAUUCAUUAAAUCAAAUAAUAUUCAGUACAAAUCUAGAAAUUUUGAACGCCUCUGCCUUCGAAAAUUCAUUCAAUUCUGCCAUUGUCGAUCUACCAAAUAACUUGAAAUCAAUCAAUGAUUAUUGUUUUAGAAAUAGCUCAAUUACACAAAUUAACUUCGGUUCUUCAAUAGAAAGUAUUGGCCAUUAUUCAUUUUAUGAUUGUCACUUACUAACAUCUUUGCAAUUCCCAGACAAAGAAAUAUCACUUGGCAAUUAUUCUUUCAGUGGAAAAAGUUCAAUCAAAGAAAUUUCAAUACAUUCAAAACUCACUGGCCGUGAAAAUCAUCCAUUCUUUAAUAUGAGUGACAUUAAUAAAAUAACAUAUGGAGAGAAUCGAUACAAUAUAUCAAGAAGAGCUCGCCUUUUAUACGAAUCUAAAAGAAAUCAACUUGCCAAGUACAUUAAAAUCAAUAAAUGA